AUGGUGUAUUAUUUCACGUCCAAUGUGGUUGAGCCGGCCGGCUUCAUCUACGUGGGCAAGGAUAAGUUUGAGAAUGAGGACCUGAUCAAGUAUGGCUGGGAGGAAGAUGUCUGGUUCCACGUCGACAAGCUUUCCAGCGCCCACAUUUACCUUCGCAUGCAGCCUGGCCAAUCAUGGGAUGACUUGCCCAAGGAGCUGGUCAUGGACCUAGCACAACUCACAAAGGCAAACUCAAUAGAAGGAAAUAAAAAAGAUAAUAUUACCGUCAUCUACACCCCCUGGUCCAAUCUCAAAAAGGAUGGAAGCAUGGACGUCGGCCAAGUCAGCUUCCAUGAUCAAAGAAAAGUCAAGCGCAUCCUCGUUCCCAAUCGCGAGAACCCCAUCGUCAACCGCCUUAACAAGACCAAGGUGGAGAAGAAGCCCGAUCUAAAGGCCGAAAAGGAUGAAAUGCUCAAGCAGCUACGAGCCAAGGAACAGGCAGCCCUGCAAAUCAAGAGAAAAGAAGAACAGCGACAGGCUCAGGAGUGGAAAGAGAAGAAGUGGCAGAAAGAUCACGCGUAUGAUGAGCUAUUUACUGAAGAGAACAUGGCCGCGUCGAGUAAUCAAGACCGGUCGGCGGAUUGGGAAGACGAUUUCAUGUAA